CGUUCCAUCGCAUUCGCAAACUCCGACAGAAAGUGAAGUGCAAAUGGAAAAGUAAUCUUGACGACCGUUCGUUUUGUGUUUUCGUGAUUCGAUAUAUGUAGCUAAAAUACGACUUGUGGGGUUUCUGUGUGUUGCGCCAAUAGGUGCAUGUACAUCUAAAACGUUCUACGAAAUUCGUAUGCUGUGAUUGAAUUCGGGUUUAGUUUAUAUUGAUUUUUUUAUGUUUAAAUGUUUACGAUGCAAGGCAGGCAAGAAAAUGUCGGAUUGCCCAUUUCACAUAGAGGCGUUAGAACAACGAUGGACAAGUGUACUAUCGUUGCUUUGCAAUAAACACAUUUACAUCAUCGUGACCAUUUUGCUAGAAGUAGGAAAUACGUCUACCUCAGACUUUCUGAUAGAAAGAAUCUCAAAGCGCGGAAGAAUCGAUAAAACCAUACAACUAAUCGAGUCAGUUUGUGCACAAGGUGCGCGCGUAUGUGAGGAGUAAUUACAGUAUCUACACCAGAAGUAGGAACUCGAAGUGCACGGCAUCCUCUUUUUCCUCCCAGGCGGUUCGGAAGGACAUUGAUUUGUGUAGCAUUUUCAUGUUUCCAUGUUGAACGUGGAUCAAGCAGGAACAUCGAGUACACGGAGUAGGUAGUGACCCUUACUGAUGGUAUAAACCAUAGCCGAAUGCGCUUGCAGUGCGUGCUGUAACAAACCCGAACGGGCCAGACAAACCGCACCAUCACGACGGGCAAGAAUGGAAGCAAAAAAUGGCAAAUCCGGUCCGACAGCUAUUCCGUCUGUAGUUGGGGUUGGCGGUAGCGGUGGUGGUGUUACGACGGGUAAGAACGGAGUGAAGGAAAACCCGAAUGGUCCCAGGGUAGUCACCAUAUACAAGACGGAAACCGGUUUCGGGUUUAACGUUCGGGGCCAAGUCAGUGAGGGUGGGCAGCUUCGAUCAAUCAAUGGCGAACUGUAUGCACCAUUGCAGCACGUCAGUGCGGUCUUGGAUAACGGAGCUGCCGAGCAGGCUGGCAUCAAGAAAGGCGACAGGAUCCUGGAAGUUAAUCAUGUAAACGUAGAAGGUGCGACACAUAAACAAGUUGUCGAUCUCAUCAAAUCAGGCGGAGAUACUCUAACUUUGACCGUCAUAUCCGUCACACAACAGGAAGCGGAACGACUAGAGCCAACAGAAGAUCCGGGGGGAUAUUCCUACAUUGAUUACUCUGAAAAGCGUAGUCUACCUAUCAGUAUUCCGGAUUACAACAUCAUCCAUCGGGGUAAUGAACGGUACGUCGUAUUCAACAUUCACAUGGCGGGACGACAACUUUGUUCGCGUCGGUAUCGCGAGUUUUCGAACUUACAUCAACAGCUCAAGAAAGAGUUCUCUGGAUUCAACUUCCCAAAGAUGCCCGGGAAAUGGCCGUUCCAAUUGAAUGAGCAGCAACUUGAUGCACGCCGCCGCGGCUUGGAACAGUAUCUAGAAAAGGUCUGCGCGGUCAGGGUGAUCGCCGAGAGUGAUGCUGUACAGGAAUUUCUUACCGACUCCGUGGAUGACUUGGCUACAUCACCGGUCGAUAUAAAGAUUAUGCUCCCAGACCAUGCAGUCGUGACCGUGUCGGUGCGAAAAUCAGCCAAUGCCCAGCUCGUUUGGGAACAACUGGUGCAAAGGGCCAACUUGACCUCGUACACCCAACAGUACUUUUACUUGUUCGAAAUCGUGGAAUACAACUUUGAGCGCAAGCUGCAACCACACGAAAUUCCACACCAGCUGUAUGUGCAAAACUAUAGUACGGCUUCCAGCACGUGCCUGUGCGUGAGACGAUGGCUUUUCUCUAUUGAACGAGAAAUUUUACUUCCUGCAGGUGAACAAGCUGCGAAGUUUAUCUUUUACCAGGCAGUUGACGAAGUCAAUAGGAGCAAUAUUCGGGCAGACGGCCGUUUGUACGAACUGAAAGCACUGCAGGACUCGAAGAAAGCUGAUGAGUAUCUUACCCUUGCCCGCGCCUUGCCGGGCUAUGGGGAUAUCGUUUUUCCCCACUGUGCAUGUGACAGCCGUAAGGAAGGCCACGUAGUGCCUGCAGUCGGCAUGAAGAGCUUCCGAUUGCAUGCUUGCCGGGAGGAUGGCGCAUUCGAAGCGCAAACGGUUGAGUUGCAAUGGUCCACUAUUUCCCGCUGGGAGAGCGAUGAGGAAUCGAUGGCAUUCUGCUUCCAGUACAGUCGUUCGGACAAGCCACCACGAUGGGUAAAAGUGUUUACGCCCUACCAUGCGUUUUUGGCCGAUUGUUUCGAUAGAAUAAUGGAGGAGCGAGCGUGGGAUGAUACUGGAGAGUAAGAAGGUGAUCAACAAGAAAUACUUAGCCUGGGCCAUAUUGUUUUUGCAUUCAUGUAUUGCAUUCAACAGCAAAUGAUGCAUGUUGGAUGGAAAUGGACAUUUCAACUGGUUUUGUUUUGAAAUACUGGAAUGACUAGCACGCUUGUAUUUUGAUGGCGAUUAAAAUUGCUUGAUUGCAGGUGAGAAAACAAUUAGAUUAUAUCGUUACCGUACGUCUGAUUGAGUAAGUGAUGCAUAUACUACAAAUCACUUCUACGCCAUCAUGCCCAAAGCAUGAUGAAACCCGUUCUUUGUUGUAGAAAGGUCAAAGAUUAAAAAAACUGAAAUUGCACUCACGGAUGAAUCAUAGCAAUGCUCUUUUCCCUCCCGAACGCUAGAUUUAAGGUAAUUCUGGACGAGCCAUGCAGUAAAUUGGUUCGAAAAUGUAUUGGCAAAAUAAGGCUACACAUUGAUAACCACAAAUCUCUUAACAAUAAAACGCUGAAGCAUUCCGAAUAGAUACACUCUGCAAUAAACAGUAAUGCCAAGCAAGUUUACAUAAUAAACAAGCAAACCAAGGAAGCAAAUCUCGAAAUAUGUGUGGCGGACGGUCUCUCUUGUUUCACCCGAUAAAAUGAGUUGUAUAUUGACAGCAUCGCGUUAGUUUCGAAAACAUGCCGAACGCGUUUGUUAGAAUAUUUCUUACUCAAAUUUGUUUGCGCAUAGAAAUGAAUGGACCUGUGUAUGAAAUAGAAAACUGUUUGCAGUGAAUCCUUUUAUAACAUCGUACAGUUGCAAAUGUUAUGUUGAUUUAAAAAAAAAUACUUAAGACAUCUUCUGUUCCCAUUGUAAUUGAAUGUAAAUUUAUGUACUUUUUUUCAUUACGUUGGAUUUAAAAAGUUUGCUUUCUGUGAUACCGUUUCUAAUGCCAUUUUCCAUUUAUUGUAUGUACGGUAUUGUACAAUGCAUAUCAUCUCAUCUUCAGCAACCAAUUGGUGUGGCUCUAGAUGUGAUAGUUUUUAAAAGAGCUGCCAGCUGAUCGUCGUUAUGGAAGUGGUCCACUGCACCAUACAUCUAUUACAUAUUAAAUAAUCAAACCCCACCUUAGACUGCUAACCUAAUUUGUGUAGAACAUUAUGUAGUAUUGGCCGAAUAGAAUAAAUUCUAGUAGAAGAGAUGGAUUUCCGCAGACAUGAUCCAAGGACAUGAACACUCCAGUUGUGUUUCUGUAAAGUUUUCCACAUAAAAUUCAUGAUUCAUCUACCAACGUUGUUCAUUCCGCUAUGUUUUCAUAAUAAGCUGUGUAGUGUAGUGAUGCUAGUCUAAAUACUUUUGACAAAAUGAUACAAAAUUGACUUGAAUGAUGUAUAUCGGCCGUAAUAAAAGAACAUACUACUGGGCAAUUUAGACAUGUUCCACCAAGCAAAAAUGUAAACAAGAAAGAGAAGGGAAUGUUUAAAUUUCAUUGCCUCUAAUGCAUACCAUCAAGGGAAGCCCAAACCUGAAAAAUUAUGCAAAUGCACUUUAACCGAACAUCGGCACUCAUGCGAAUAAGUGGGGACUAGCAUAAAUAGAUUUCAGUUUGAACUUCUGUUA